UUGUAUUGAAGUCAAUGUAUCUAGAUACACUUUUCGUGCAGACAGCAUCAGAUACAUGGUCUACACAUACUGAGAUAGAGGGGCACUGUUUCGCUUGAUACGAUGCUUUAACUUUCGGCGUGCAUGUCGGUGAAAUAAAUGAUCUCAAUAUUUCAAUAUUUUAUUUGGAUGGGCAAGGUACGGUAGGGCGGGCCAUGCCCGGCCCCCUAAGGGCGGCUCAUAACGCCGACCCUGCAUUCAGCAACUUUUAUUUUUACUAGCAAAUAGCACUGUAGCCUACCUAGUCUAUUCUAUACAUCUGUUAACGAAAUGGGCCACUAUUCUAAUAAUUGCUCUCAUGACUUGGAUACAUAUUGGGAUGAAUUCAUAAAUAAAUGUGUGCCAUGUCAUCAACAUCCAAAUCAGCGGAUUCGACCAGGGUACGAAUUUAGUCCAAACUGUGGCAUGCAUGAUGAUGGGGGAAGAUCGGAACAACCGUAUCGAUCGUGUGCCGCACUGACCUUCAAUAACGGGAGCUUCGUGAAAUGCCAACCCUGUUCUAGCUGCCCUCCAAUCCAUCAAAAGCUGUCAGAAUGCAACGCAACUACAGACACGCAAUGCUGCGGAGCGAGGGACCAGACAGGCUGUUGGAAAGGAGCCCUGAGUACCACGACUCAACAGGUCCAACGGUCAACAACGUUGAGGGUCCAAGUGUCAACAUCAAAUCCCACCACAGCCAAACACAUUGAUCUGAGAUUACAUGGUGAUUCACAUGUCAACCAUCAGACUGCAUGGAUAGUGCUUACUGUCAUCUUCGUUUUCUCUGUACUUGCAUUUCUCUUAUUCAUCUAUAUUAAGAAGAGAAGGAGAAGAUCAAGAGCCUUUUGCAGCAGAGAUAAGGAGAAUACGCUGUGCUUCAAGGUCAGCCUUAAAGACUGCCUCCCAUCAGACAAUAUCCUGUAUACCAACCAACAGUCACGGAGCAGUAAGAGAGCAGAGGUUGCUCUCCUACAGUCAGAGACCAGGAGCCUAGAGGACCUUUUGAGUCCUGACCUCCAGUCGGCGCCACUGCAGACGGUUCUGGACAACUUGGAUGUUCUAGAGGAGCUUGUGAUUCUGCUGGACCCGGAGAGCCCUGGGGUGAAGAACACCAGCCACCUAACAUCUCGCUUCUCCUUCCCCGCCACCUACACCUACUCCCUGAGGGACAGUAAGAGCCCCCUGAGGGCCGUGCUGGAGGGGGUCACCACCAAGCACCCAGAGUGGACUGUAGGCCACCUGGCCAGGCACCUGAGAGAGAUGGACCGGAACGAUGCAGUAGCAGUGCUCACCAAGCUCACCUUGCUUAAGGUUGUCUAGUCUGAGUGUGUUCUGUGUUGGGUCCGGAAAAUAUGUUAACCCCAGUGUCCCGGCCAAGUUCCCAACCUGGCCCUCACACAAUCAUGGCCACCUAAUCAUUAUCAUCUUAUAUCAAAUGUAUUAUCACCAUGAUUCUAUCACCAACCAAUGAUAUUGCUGUAUUUAUACAGAAAUUAAUGUAAUAUCUGCAUUUGUUGUUUAAUUCACUUUUCAAAUGACCAAGUCUGAUUUGUUCAAACAUCUUCACAUCUUUAUUAAGCAAAUAACAUUAUAAAUAAAAAAAGUGCAUAGAAAAAUUAAA